AGCACAUCACAUCAAGUACCAAGCAAGAUGAAGCUCUCUCUGGUCGCCCUCUCCUGCCUGCUGCUGGCCGCCGCCAACGCGUACGAGCAGAUCGACCUCAACUACCACGAGAAUGUGGGCAUCCCCAAGGCGGAGGCCAUCCGCCAGGCGGAGCUCGCCGCAGACUUCGACGGCAGCAGGAUCGUCGGUGGCUCCACUGUCAGCCGCCUCGGAGAGUGGCCCUUCAUCGGUGGUCUCGUCAUCUCGCUGACUGACGGCAGACAAUCUGUCUGUGGCUCCUCCCUGUUGUCUACAACCAAGCUGGUGACCGCUGCCCACUGCUGGCGCACGCACAACGUCCAGGCGCGUCAGUUCACCGUCGUCCUCGGCAGCCUGCGCCUCUUCUCCGGUGGCACCCGCAUCAACACCAACCGCGUCGAGAUGCACAGCAGCUACAACAUGAAUACAUUGAACAACGACAUCGCUAUGAUCACCAUCAACAGUGUCAACCUUAACAACAACGUCAACACGAUCGCUCUCGCUUCCGGCAGCAACAACUACGCCGGCUCCUGGGCGCGCGCUGCUGGCUUCGGACUGACCAGAGACGGAGGCGCCAUCUCCAACAGCCAGGCGCUGUCGCAUGCUCGACUUCAGGUGAUCACCAAUGCCGCCUGCAGGAACACGUAUGGCUCCGCCGUGGUGGUCUCCUCCACGCUUUGCGUCAGCGGCGCCAACCGCAUCAGCACUUGCAGCGGUGACUCCGGCGGCCCGCUCACCACGGAUGACAGAAGGACACUUAUUGGUAUCACGUCAUUCGGCUCCGACAGCGGAUGCCAGCGCAACCUGCCCGCCGGCUUUGCUCGUGUCACCUCAUUCAACUCCUGGAUCCGGGCCCGCAUGUGAAUACUACCUGCUCUUUUUAAUAUUUCAAAUUAAAUAAACGACUCCUUUACAUUAAACUUGCAUAUUAUUA